AAACCCCGCAGCAUAAAAAACCCAUUCUCCCAACUCAUCUCAAUCUCUCUCUCUCUAAAAGGUCUUUCUCGCUAUCAUUUUCAUCGAUCGCGUCUCUCACAAAUCCAAUCAAUCCAUCAAUCUAUACAUACACACAACUGCAAUCAUGAGCAACGAGGGAGAAAAGACUUGCCCUCUCUGUGCUGAAGAGAUGGAUUUGACUGAUCAGCAGUUGAAGCCAUGCAAGUGUGGUUAUGAGAUUUGUGUUUGGUGCUGGCAUCACAUAAUAAACAUGGCUGAGAAAGACAAUGUAGAAGGCAGGUGUCCAGCAUGUCGAACCCCUUAUAACAAGGAAAAAAUUGUGGAAAAGGCAGCUCAGUGUGAAAGGUUGUUGUCUGAGUUGAAUGUGGAGAAGAAAGGGAAGUCAAAGUCGAAAAGUAAAGCACCUGAUGGUAGAAAGAACCUAAGUAGUGUUCGAGUGAUUCAACGAAAUCUUGUCUACAUUGUGGGGUUACCUCUUACUUUGGCAGAUGAAGACCUCCUACAAGGAGCGGAAUACUUUGCUCAAUAUGGGAAGGUGCUUAAAGUGUCAAUCUCUCGUACGGCAGCUGGGACCAUUCAACAAUUUCCAAAUAGCACUUGUAGUGUAUAUAUUACUUAUUCAAAGGAGGAAGAAGCAGUUCGUUGCAUUCAGUCAGUGCAUGGUUACACAUUGGAGGGUAGACCAUUAAGGGCCUGCUUUGGAACCACAAAAUAUUGCCAUGCAUGGCUGAGGAGUGUGCCAUGCAUCAAUCCUGAUUGUCUAUACUUGCAUGAAAUUGGUACACAAGAAGAUAGUUUCACUAAAGAUGAAAUAAUAUCAGCAUACACAAGAAAUAGAGUUCAACUGAGUGUGGGUGCCACAAUCGACACACAACGACGAUCUGGGAGUGUAUUACCACCACCAGCAGACGACUUCUGUAAUGACAGCUGCUCCUCAUCUGGAAUACAUCAUAAUAAAAGCUCAACGGAUAACCUUGACAUCUCUUCUCAAAACAUAUUGGAGUCAUCUGUCUGGCAAACUCCGGCAAGCAGUGUGAGGGGCUCUCCACCAAAUAGUCACUCUAGUAAAUCUGUUGGUCUUCCUGCAGCAGCAUCUUGGGGAGCGCGUGCUUCAAAUAGUCAACCAUCACCAACAAGCAUGGCAAGCUCAAAUGGACCUUCUAAGCAGAAAUCUGAUACAGGUGGCAUUUCAGUCGCAUUUUCAACUGCAGUAGUGAGCCCAGCCAAAGUCUCCUUAAUGCAUAAUACUUCAGGAAAGAAACUUAAUGGAGAAGGUUGGUUUCCCUUACAGAGGAAUAAAUCUGUUCCAGUAGCAUCUGUGGGAAUACAGGAUGUAGAUAAGCAACAAAAGUCAUCGAAUACUUCCACCAAGAUUGGACAUUUUGAUAAACUAGUGACAAGUGACCAGAUAUCUACGCCAUCGCCAAAAGUAGAUGGGUCCACAAGCAUGGCAGAUAUCACAGUGCAGUCUUGCAGUAUCAAUUCAGAAAGAAAUUCACAUCUACCUGUAGAGAGUAAAGUUAAGGAAUUAUGUUCUGAUAUGUUGUCUCUAAAUAUAAUUACUCAUGGGCCACAGCACGUAGACACAAAAUACAGAGAACUCUUGUCAACAGAUGCUGCAGCAAAGGAUGCAUCCUCCAGUAAGGAUCCUGUUGCAGCAAGGGAUCUGUCUGAAUUUAAAUUAGUGUCGCCGUCGCAAGUAGCAGAAAGUGAUACUUGUAAAGUUAAGGAUGAUAUCCAAUCUUUUAAUAUACAAAGACGCAGGGAUCCUGAAGUUACCAAUAGCACAGAUAGUAGUAUAGGUCGGUUAUCAGAUAGUUUUAGGGAUCUACAUUCUCAAGAGGCUUUCCGUAUACCCAGCACCAAUUUUAAUCUAAAUAAUGUAGAUAAUCAACCUAGCAAGUUUUCUGUUCCGCAAGCAUAUAAUGCCCCAGUUAUUUCGAAUGGUUAUGCUGGGAACCAGACUAGAAGUUUUGAUUUGGAUACCAGUGCUAAUGAUUCUUCUUAUAUGCUACAAGAUGAACUGAAAUUGCAUGAUGGAAGACAUGGCAGUGCGUUAGUAAACCACGAUAGUAUUUUAGCAGACGGAAUGGGAGAGAGCAGCAUCAUAUCAAAUAUUUUGUCAAUGGACUUCGAUUCAUGGGAUGAAUCUUUGGCUUCACCCCAGAAUUUGGUUAAGUUACUAGGUGAAACUGAUAAACAGCUGGGUUCUCUUGGUGCAUCGAAUACGAAGAAAGUACAAAACAGCAAUCAGUCUAGGUUCUCUUUUGCAAGAGAGGAACAUCAAGCAUCCAAUUUUGGGCCAUCAUCUGCUGGCGUUGAGCAAACUCUCAGGAAUCAUUCUCUUACGAAUGGUUUCAAGGACAAUGGAAACCAUUAUCACAGUGGUACUGCCAAUGGUUAUUCUACUUUGAGUGCGCAUCAACCUGGUGAUUUUGCAAGCACCCAUUUUCAUAAUUCACCGAACAGGUUUUCUGUUUCUAGAGCACCUGUAACAGCCCCUCCUGGAUUUUCCGGGCCUACCAGAGCUCCACCUCCAGGCUUUUCCUCUUUUGAAAGGAUGGAACAGACAUUUGACGUAAACUCUGGGAAUCAUUUGCUCAACAAUUCAUCUUACUUGAGAAAUGCUAGUCAGUCACCUUCUAGAAUGUAUAAUGAUUCCACCAAUUCAGAUAUAGAGUUUAUUGAUCCUGCAAUAUUGGCAGUAGGUAAAGGCAGACUUCCUAAUGGGUUUAAUAACCCUAGUUUAGACAUGAGGUCAACUUAUCCUACCCAGAUGAGUAAUUAUGAGAAUGAGGCAAGAUUGCAGCUAAUGAUGCAAAGAUCUGUUUCACCACAGCAGAACCCCAGAUAUGUCGAAAUGGGUAACAGUUUUUCUUCUUAUCCGGAUAAUUAUGGAAUGCCUCCAACGAUUUUUGAGCAGGCUUUGGCAAACAAUGGAUCCCAGUAUUCUCAAUUUGGUCUUUCACAGUCCAGAAAUCAACUUGUGUCGAGCGGUAGUUGGGAUGGUUGGAAAGAGGUUCAGAGUGGAAAUGGCUCAACUGCGGCAGAGUUUCUUAGAUCGGAGAGAUUGGGAGGAAAUCAGUACUUUAGUGGUCGCCAGGAUUCGAAGUACCGGAUUUCCAGUUCUGGAGAUUUAUAUAAUCAAACAUAUGGGAUUUGAACUUUGUCUAGUGGACUAAUCCCUUUAAUGUUGAAACUGAUAUAGAAUGACUAUAUCCAACUUGUCAUGACAGCAGUGAACUGAUAAAAUGUGGCUGGAUCUUGACUGGUUUUACUGGUUAACCUGCUGAUUGGUGGAGUGAACGUUCUGAUAACCGUCUCCUCCAAAACCAGCAGGAAACUAAGCUAUCAAGUCUUGGUUUGAAGCUGCAUGAUACAGAAAGGUACACAAGAUCCUAUUGAUUAUGGUUAUUAUGCUAGAAGAGCCCAGGAUCGAAACUGUGAAUCAGGAUGAAAUCGCAGGUUAUGAACUUUAGUGUUUACUGUCUUGGUGCUGGAAGUGGCUCUAAAAUUAUUGCUUCAGCUGUCAAUUUGUGCUAUAGAAGUUUUGAGCAAAUACUGUCUGCUGGAAGUAGCUCUAGUUUGUUUACCUUGUUGCAAAAAGAGACAAUUUGUUUACAGGAGUUUUGAGCAAAUACUGUGCAAGUUGAGUGUUUUAUCAUGCUACAUGCUCUGAGUUCCAAGUUU